UCUGUCUUGGUGCUGAUGUUGGUCUCUAGCAAGCAGUUGCCGAUUGGCCGUUCCCAGAGCUGGGAUGUGCUGGGUGGGAAUGAAAGUCAGUGGGAACGCAGUGAGAAUAUGUAUGAGCAGCAGAACAGAACAAAUGACCGACGGAACUCCUUCGGAGGGGAUGCUGGAGGUUGGUAUGAACCACCCACUGGUGUGCGCCCAUCUGAUGUGGAUAUGAAACGGGAUCCAUACCAUUACCAGGUGUCGAUGUAUAACCAUAAUUAUAUGGAUCGACCUGAUCCCUGCAGCAUGAGGAAGAAUUCUGUUCCUGAGUUGAACAGUCACUAUGACCGUCCACUCAUGGCCCAUCGUGGUUCUCUAACUCCACUGGAUCCUUACCAGCAAGAUCCUUCAGUGUUUUCCAGGACACCUGAUGGCCUCUUUCGUGGAGAACAAAUGCCCCUUAACCGAUCAGCUUCUCAUUACAUUACGAUGGGAACAAAUCAACCACUUUGGAACCAGACCCAAUCUGGGAGGUCUAGUGUGCCUGCCCCUAGUCCAGCACCACCUCCUCCACCCUCUACCCGUAUUUACCGGGAGCCAUGCCUCCCUGGCCCUCCACCUGCCACACCAGUAGCCAAAAUGAUGCCAGAAGGUCAGCAUAUUCCAAGCCGUGUACCAUCUCCUGGUCGGUAUGCCACUGAGGCAACUAAUCCUCGCUAUGGCACUGAGGCACCUUCUUCUCUUCCUGGAAUCUCAACGUACACUGAUCUUAAUGGGAGACCAGUGGAUCCAAGCCAGCCUGCAGCCACCUGUCUGGUUAUAGAUCCAUCUUCUCAAGGUAUGGUUAUGCGACAGGAAAGCCCUUCACCAUAUGUUAUAGGACAGCAGCAACAGGCCCAACAGCAAAAACAGGAACCAACUCAGCAAAUGUUACAGCAGCAAAUGCAACAAGUUCAUUCGUUCCAUCAAUCACAGCAGUUUCAGCCAGUACAGCAAGAGCAGUCUGUUCAACAACCACAGCAAAUACAGCCAGUUCCACAACCACAGCAAACGCAACCAAUCCAGCAAGUGCAGCAAAUGCCCCUUAUGCAACAAACACAGCCUGCACAAUCUGUUCAGCAUGGGCAACCUGUGGCACCACCAAAUCCUGUGUAUGACCCAAACCUUUCUUUGCCAGCUUCUGCCCCAGUGACUACAUCAGUCACAGCUGCUAUCCCUGCUCAGAGUCCUUCUCAGCUUUCCACUCAACCAGCUCCUCCUCCUACAACACCUCAAAACUCACUGGCUACUGUGGACCCCAAGAAGACAGCUGACCCAGAGUUUUUGGCAUUUCUACACAACGAAGGUUUGUCUGAGAGAACUAUAACCUCUCUGCUACAGCAGGGUUUUGAUUCACCUGCAAUGUUAGCUGUUAUGGAACAAAAUGAUGUUCACUCUGUUGCACCCAACUUGGGGCAGGCACGUGUUCUCUCUCGUGUGGCAGUCAGUUGCAGACGUCCUCUGGACAUCCCUCAGCACACGACCGCUCCGGUCAGAGGACGAUCCAACAGUUUCAGCCAUCGCAAUGACAUAUACUUGCACCAGCAUCCACCUACGACUCCAAGUAUGGACUCUCAGUAUAUGCAGCCACCCUUGAAUCCAGUCCAGACCAUCUUCCCCAGAAUGGCUGAAGUCAUGGGCCGCAGACCUAGUAGUGCCCCUUCCCAGCAGCUUCUAGAGGCAAGUGGAUACCCUAUAACGAGGGCACCAGGGUCUUUCAAUAGUGUGGUGUUGCCUGUUCAACCCCGCUCACUGUCUGCUUAUACUACUCAAGCUGGCCUACCUAUGCUAUCUUUGACAGCAGUGUCCCAGCAAGUUCCACUUCCAUCACAUAUACCUGGAGUGCAACCACAAAUCUUUGGCUUGCAACAACAAAUGCCACCCCCUAUUCAUGGGAUGCCACAACAAACACCAACACUGGCUGGACUGCCACAGUCAACAACCAUGCCAACUCUGCCAGCACAGCAAGCCCCCAAAGCAUACUCCACCAACUACACUGUGCCCAUGGAGCUGAUGAAGAGGGAUCGUAGCCUGGCCACAAUGUCUGGCCUGAACAAUCCACAUCCAAGCCCCCAUUUACUGCGGAAGACUGGCGCAACACCUCAUGACAGUGCCCUGGUGCCUGUAGGUUCUGCAAUACAGACUCCUUACCUUGCCAGUCAGAAGCUGUCACGACGCACUGGACCCCCUGUAAUUGUCUCCACCAUGGCAACACCUGACACAAGUAUAAGGCCACAAAUCAUGAACGGACCGAUGCAUCCUCGGCCGCUGGUUGCUCUGCUGGAUGGGCGGGAUUGUACGGUAGAGAUGCCCAUCCUUAAAGAUCUGGCAACCGUGGCCUUCUGUGAUGCUCAGUCCACCCAGGAGAUCCAUGAGAAGGUACUAAAUGAGGCAGUAGGAGCAAUGAUGUACCACACCAUCACACUCACCAGAGAGGACCUGGAGAAGUUUAAAGCUUUACGCAUCAUCAUCCGCAUCGGCAGCGGCUACGAUAACAUUGACAUAAAAGCUGCUGGAGAAAUGGGAAUUGCAGUGUGUAACAUCCCGUCUGCAGCUGUAGAAGAGACGGCGGACUCAACCCUCUGUCACAUACUGAACCUGUACCGGAGGAACACUUGGCUGUACCAGGCUCUCCGUGAAGGCUCGCGGUUCCAGAGCAUAGAGCAGAUCAGGGAGCUGGCAUCAGGAGCAGCUCGCAUACGGGGAGAGACACUCGGACUCAUAGGUUUUGGCCGGACGGGUCAGGCAGUAGCGGUUCGGGCAAAAGCUUUUGGCUUCAACGUGAUAUUUUACGACCCGUAUCUGCAGGAUGGAUUAGAACGCUCGCUGGGUGUGCAGAGAGUCUACACACUCCAGGACCUGCUGUACCAAAGUGACUGUGUGUCUCUGCAUUGCAAUCUAAAUGAACACAACCACCACUUGAUCAAUGACUUUACCAUCAAGCAGAUGCGACAGGGCGCGUUCCUGGUGAACUGUGCACGUGGUGGUCUGGUGGAUGAGAAAGCUCUGGCUCAGGCCCUGAAGGAAGGAAGAAUCCGGGGAGCUGCUCUGGAUGUUCACGAGUCAGAACCAUUUAGUUUUACCCAAGGUCCACUAAAAGAUGCUCCGAAUCUGAUCUGCACACCUCACACAGCCUGGUACAGUGAGCAGGCCUCGCUGGAGAUGCGAGAGGCAGCUGCCACUGAGAUAAGAAGAGCCAUUACAGGUCGUAUUCCAGACAGCCUUAGAAACUGUGUCAACAAAGAGUACUUUAUUGCCACUGCACCUUGGGGAGCAGUGGAGCAGCAGGUGCAUCCAGAGCUCAACGGUGGUGCAUAUAGAGUGGCCCAACCGUUACCAGCCAUAUCUCCUGGUGGCCUGCAAGACAAAAUGUAUACCUAAACCCAACCAGACAUGCCCAGGGUCCGGUGGGGAUGUCUUCUGGAGGACCAGAAAAGGGCACAAAGCCAGAUGGGGGUCCCAGGGCUCAUGCCCUCUCCCUGCCACCAGGACCCCCAGUCCAAUCGAACCCCCUGCCUGAAACAAUCCAACACACAACGUGAGCACAGAGUAUACAUAUCCGAGGACUAAACGCAGGGAGGCGUUUAUACUGCUACUGAACAACUCAUGGCACAGUUCACAUAGCGAGUUAACUUCAAACCAGGUACAAGAAGUAGUAAAUUACCUAGGAGCUACAGCUAACUGCAGCGGGAAGAGCUCAGAUAUGCAUCAUGGAGGAGUCUUUUUGCUCCUGUCUUGUCAUGGGAUUUUAGUUUUUCUUGGAUGUAGUUAUUUUUGUUGCAGAUGUUUUCCCUCCACAUGUAUGCUUUACCUUACUUGUUCUUCAUGGGACUGAGGAUUGAGUUCUCAAAGGAAGUUCACGAUAGUCACUCCUUCUGCCACCUGCCUUGUGAACAAAAACACUUAUAGAUGCAUUUAUUCUGUUAACCUGUGUUUCUUUCAAUUUCCUUGUUGCCUCUUCCUUUAAACCAAACAAAUUCUUAUUAGUCUUUUUAAUUCUGUGUUAAAGUGAUUUAAUUAUAUUGGUAUGUAGUGUAUUUAUCAAAAAAAAAAAGCGACGACAAACGGUUCAACUAUUGAUAACGUUUUCUUAACUUGGCCUUGUCACAAGCUGAACUUUAAUAAUUAGACACAAUCACAUGAUUCUAACAACCGUCAGCCCUAAUGUUCAGGCAUUUUGUAUUCAUUUACAUAGAAGUGUUUUAGCAACUUUGGCAUGUCAGACUUAUUGAAUUCAUUGAGAUAAUUUAAAUCCUUUUUUUGUUUUGUCCUAUACUAAGACUAUGGAUGGCAGCUCACAGUGAAAGUCAGGAGCCAUGUGCCACCCUGCUCAGGAAACACUUUUCUUCUUUCAUGUCCGAGUACCAUAGAACAAGCCUCACUCGUCUGAUUAUUCUGCCAUCUACUUUUCCUUACACUGCUCUCUUGCUGAUAUUUUUAUAGAUGUAAAAUAGAAAAUAUUUUGAUGUUGCAGUUAGAUUUGUAUUGCUAUAGUAUGCAAAACUUUUUCUUUUUUUUUUUGCCUUGUGUGGGUGUUAUGACACCACCUGGAGUUCAUUUUGUUGUUACUGAAAUGUGUGUUCCUCAGUCCACUUUGCCAGUACAUGUAUAUUAGGAUGGUGGGCUAUGUUUUUAUUGUUUGUUUCUUGUACCAAACAUCCAUGACAGUACAAAUAAUAAAAUAAAAUAAAAUAAAAUAAAAUAAAAUAAAAUAAAAUAAAAAAGCAAAAUACUUGUUACAA